CUCGGGUUCAGAGGGAGCCUGGCUGCGAGCGCAGGGAGUAGCAUGGACUCGGCAGGCGAAAAGCUGGCCACCGCUGCGGCUCGGGGCCGGGUGGAGGAGGUGCGGGAGCUGCUGGAGGCGGGGGCGCCGCCCGACGCCCCGAACCGUUUCGGCCGGAGGCCGAUUCAGGUCAUGAUGAUGGGCAGCACCCAAGUGGCCAGGCUGCUGCUGCUCCACGGAGCGGACCCCAACUGCGCCGACCCAGUCACCCUCGCACGACCAGUGCAUGACGCGGCGCGGGAGGGCUUCUUGGACACGCUGGUAGAGCUGCACCAAGCUGGGGCGCGGCUGGACGUGCGUGAUGCCUGGGGCCGUUUGCCUGUAGACCUGGCCGAGGAGCAGGGCCACCGCGACGUGGCUCAGUAUCUGCGCAACGCUUCUGGGGCCGUGUGAGCAGCAGCCGCGCCCAUGCUGUCGUCCCACCAGGUAACCAGCAAACAGGCCAGAUUCUGGUCCUCAACUGAAAAGGUCAAAAGGCAAAAAGAACAUCUUCUGCCCCCCAAAUCUUCCCUGCUUUUUUUACUUCCAACUGUUUUUGAAAAAAAAAAAAAAAAAAGACCAUUUUUUACAAUGUGGAGCUGGGGUUGUAAGCCAGUGGCCAAAUGAUUGCUAUGCAUUUCAGGAAUCCCUAGGCUCAUUCCCAGCCCCUCCAAUCAAAUCAAUAAAUAAAUAUUUAAAAAUUAAA